AUGACAGCAACUAAAACUGAAACAACUUCAACAACUUCAACAAGUUCAACAACAACAACAUCAUCUACAACUAUUUCAGAAGUUGAUGGAUUAAAAUUUACAAUUACACCAUUAAUUAAAUCAACAAUUUCAAAUGAUAAUAAAUUAAAAGAGAAAUAUUCAAAAUAUACAAAUAACCAACAACCAUUCAUACCAUUUAGUAUAUUAAAAGACAUUGCAAAAACAUCAACUACAAAAGUUUAUUUUCAAGAUUUAAUUAAAGAUUCUAUAAUUUAUUAUCCACCAAAAGCAGAAGUAACACCUGAUCCAGAAUUUAUAGCAAGAAAACAACAUUUAGAGAAAUUAAAUAAAGAAUAUCAAUAUUCAAAAUUAGUUAAAAAUGUUGCUAAAAAAGAAACAGAUUUAAAUGAAUUGUCUUCAUUUAGAUCACAACUUUCAAUUGCUGUAAAUAUAUUAGUCACUUUUUUCACUCUUUUAGUUGGUGGUAUUUUCGUUGGUCAUAAUUGGUUAAACUCUCAAUUAUAUGGUUUAGUAUGUGGUUUAGUAUUAGGAAUAAUUGGUGUUGCUGUUGAAAUUUGGUUAUUUGUAAUAAGAUCUUCUCAAAAUCAAAUGGAAAAGGAUAAAGCUGAAAAAACUGAAGAAAAAAUUACAGAGUGGAGAAUUAGAAAGAGAACAAGAGAAAUUAAAAAACAACAAAAUCAAUCUUUAACUGAUGGCUCAAGUAGCAGCAGUAGUAGUGCUGUUAAAAUUCAAUAA